AUGAAUAUAUUUAAAACCUUAAAAAAUCGAUUUCUAUAUCAAAAACUUACAAAAUAAUCUUUUUCAACAACAAAUGAGGUUCAUGUUUAUAAAAAACACUUCAUAUAUAAUCCUGUAGAAGUAUUAUUUAUCAAAACUCGUGAUUAUCCAGGUAGCUUAAAAUAUCUUUUGGAAAUAUUUUAACAAAAUCGUAUAAAUUUAUCAUAUAUAGAAUCCAAGAAACUAAACAUAAAAGGAAAACAUUAAGAUGUGCUUUUUAUUAUUUCAUUUAAAGGAUAAUAAAAUGAUUAAGCAGUAAAAUAAGCAUUUAUAGAUUUAGAAUAAAGAUUUGAUAAUGUCUGGUUUUCUGAUUAACUUCCUAAAGUACCUUGGUAUCCUAGAACAUUAGAAGAAGUUAAAUAUAUAGGAAAUUAAUUAAUGGUAGUCAAAGAGGAAAAUAAUAAGGACCAUCCUUAAUUUUCAGACGAAGUAUAUCGAAAAAGGCGAAAUUUUAUAGCUAAUUAUACUAAAGAUUAUGUAUUUGGUGAAAAAAUUCCAAUAUUAAAAUACACUGAUUAAGAAAAUCAAACGUGGCGAUAUAUAUACGAAAAAUUAGACCCUUUUCAUGAAAAAAUAUGUACUGAAAGUUACUUGAAGUAUAAAAGAGAGCUAGAAAGUACAUUGAUGAUUAAUAAAUAAAUUCCUUAAUUAUGUGAUUUGGAUUCUUAUCUUUAAUCUAAGACUAAUUUUAGGAUAAAACCAGCUGCUGGAAUAUUAUCUUAAAGAGAAUUUCUUAAUGCAUUGGCACAUAGAGUCUUUUUUUCGACAUAAUAUAUUAGACAUCAUGCUACUCCUGAAUAUACUCCAGAACCAGAUAUUGUACAUGAAGUUUUGGGACAUAUUCCAAUGUUUUGUGACCCUCUAGUAGCCGAUAUUAGUCAUGAAAUAGGACUUUUAUCUUUAGGAGCAUCACCAACUUAAUUGAAAAAAUUAGGAAAUUUAUACUGGUUCACAUUAGAGUUCGGAGCAUGUUACGAGAAAGGAAAAAUAAAAGGAUUUGGUGCUGGAAUAGCUAGUUCUAUAGGAGAAAGUAAACAUUUUUUGGGAGAAAAAGCGAAAUUUGAAUUAUUAAAUCCAAUUAUUGAUUGCGACAAAACUUAUCCUAUUUAAAAUGUUUAACCAGUAUAUAAAUAUAGCUAUACUUUAUAAGAAUUAUUAGAUAAAGUAAUUAAGUUCGGAGAAAGUAUAAAAAAGCCAAUGUAGACUUAUUAUGAUUUUAAUAAUAAUACUGUUGAAGCUGAUAAGAAAUUUGAAGCAAUUUUUGUCGAAGAAGAAAUGCCUGAAUAUUGAUU